AUGGCAAGCGAAUCGGCCGUAAAAAAGGCUUUAGAGACUCAGCUCCAUCGUGCUGUUCAGGCCAUUGAGGAUACUGUUGACGAGGAGAUUGCCAAAAUCGAGAAGAUGGAUGAAGACGAUCUGGAAAAGAUUCGUCGUAAACGCCUGGAGGAGAUGAAGGAAAAGGCCCAAAAGAAAGAGGCCUGGAUAGCUGCCGGUCACGGAGUCUACACAGAACUGCCAUCAGAGCGUGAUUUCUUCACUGCCUGUGCUAAUUCUCCGGCCCUGGUGUGCCACUUCUACCGAUCUAGCACUUUCCGUUGUGGAAUCGUCGACAAACACCUUGCCCUUCUUGCUCCCCGUAGGGUUGAGUGCCGUUUCGUGAAAAUUGAUGCGGAGAAAUCGCCCUUUCUGACUGCGAAACUUGGUGUGCGGGUGUUGCCGACGCUGGUGCUUGUGAAGAAUGAAAAAGUCUGCGACAUGAUCAUCGGAUUUGAUGACCUCGGUGGACAUGAUGACUUCAGCACAGAGAUGCUUGACUGGCGUCUUGGCGUAGCCGGUGUGGUGGACUAUCAGGGUGAUUUAAACAGCCCACCAGAUCUUCAGAAGAAAAGCCAAAAACCAAAGAACCCAUUUGGUAGACGACCCAAGAAGACCAUACGUGGCCGUGAGAACGACUCGGACGACACCGACGAGGGCGACGAAUAG